AUGGAUAUAUACACAGAAGACGAUUUCGACGAAAACAACCCCGUCACUAAAGCAAACUACGCUGGUGUACCGGAAGAAGAAAAGUACGAAAAUUUCGAAAUAAGUGACGAAAAAGAGGAUUUCGAAGACGAAGAUUAUGAAGAAGAUGAUGAAUCUGAUCUGGACCAGACCUCAAUGGCCCAAGUCCUGGCAAACACGUCGACAGAGUCGCGUUGUAGCAUAUUACAGGAAGAAAUCAGAUUGUUGAAGCUGGAAAAUGAUUUGUUGAUCUCGAGAGAAAAAUCGCUAAAAGAUAGAGUGGAGCUCUUGGGAAAAGAUAACGAAACACUGAACAACAAGGUCCUGGAGUACGAAGUGAAGGUGUCGUCAUUAAAUAAGGAAAUUGACCUGAUAAAGUGUCGCUCCGACGCACGGCAAUCGACGCUGGAGAAUAAUUAUAGAGAAUUGUGCUCAAAAAUCGCAGCAAGUGAAGAUUUGAACCAGAAGAUGAGGUUCGACCUGAACCAGCAGAGAGCAAAAAACACAGUCCUGGAGGAAUUGAUAGAAAAUAAAAAUACAGCAAUAGCUGAAUUAGAAAGAAGAAUGGAACAUUUGGUACCUUCAACAAAAACUAUACUAAGACUGAACGGAGAAGUACAGUCAGAUGAUAAGUACAAAGAUCUCAAGUAUAGACUACACGCAACAGAAAGACAACUUGACCAAGUUGUUACAGAACUCUCGAAAGUUGUAUCAUACAACACUACCCUUAAUAACGACCAAGAUUCAAAAACCAGUACCAAAUACCUUGACUACAGGGCGCUGAUAAAAGAUUAUAACGCAAAAUCUGUAAAACUAAAAGAGUUGGAAGAGAGAAUCUCAAAUGACGAAAACAAGUCAAAAAUCGCUACGUUGGAGGAUAAUAUUAAGAUAUUGAAUGGGAAAUUGGCUGUAAGAUCAAUGGCACUCAAGGAAACGGAAAGAGAACUCAAGGAGUUUUAUUCCAAACAGCUUGAUGAUUUAAAAACAAAUAUAUCUGAGCAUAAACAAAUAAUCGAUUCGAAAGUGCAAGAAUUAAACGUAUAUAAAGAUAGAAUAGAGUCGAUGAAGCAGGAACUGGACUUGAAAAACAAGUCCAUUAUUGAUAAGAACGAUGCUCUAAACAGAGAAAAAUCGCAAAACCACGAGAUUUUCCUGGAAAACGAGUCACUGAAGAGGAAAAUCAACGAAUAUUUGGAUCAAAUUCGAUCACUGAAUAUGGAGAAGCAAGUUCUUCUGGACAGAGAAGCAACCCAUAUGGCUGAGUUUAAGAACUAUUCAAAUGAAACUGACUUGAAACUAAAAAAGAUGGAGUUAGUUCUCAGGCACACUCAGCAGAUGAAUAAUAAAACAAACUCGACUCAAAAUGAAGAAAAGGAUAAGAAUGACUACUCUGAAUUCAAGAACGAGUUGUUGGAGCAAUUUACUGAGAUCAAGCAGCUUCUGAACACACUCGAAAGAUCCAAAAAGGAGCACCAACAAAACAAUAACUUAAUUUUGACAUUAAGACACCAGAACGAUACUGCAAUGACUGCGCUGAGGGAAGAGAAUAAAAAUGCACUCAACUCAUUCUCAGAGAAGAACAACGCGACCCUCAGUGAGCUGAAGCAACAGAACAUGAAUUUGGUUACAACGGUGACAGAUAAUGUGAACCAGGUCCUAUAUUCACUUAAUAACAAUAGCGAAAACUUAUUGAAAGAAAUAAAGUCGCAGCUGGAGUCACUUAAAGAAGAACUUAGAACCAAUGAGGCUGAGAAAUUUGUACCAGAAACUCCAACAAAAACGCCAAAUUUAGAUGAGGGUAACGUUGAGAGUUCUGACGACCCUUUGCCUGAAAAAUACAAUAAACUUAAGGAGGCAUUUAAGGAAACGACUACAACGCUUCUGAGAAAGGAGAAGGUUCUGAUAGAUUCGCUUAAAAAGACUGUUCUGGAGUGCCACACCUAUAAGAUGAAGCUUGACGAGCUGACGAACUCUAGCUCCCACCCUGAAGAUAAUUUUCAUUCAGUUAAAUCAUCCCUAAAAUGCAGCUGUAAAGAUUUGGUAAAGCGAGAUUCUGAAACGAAGGUCAAAAACUGUUGGUGCAGGUUCAAAAACUUCAGUAAUCUCAGAAGAGCAUUAUCGAGGAAGGCGAUGCUGAGGGAGUCUGAAGUUUUGGAAUCUUUUGAGAAACCAAAAGUUAAGCGUCGAACUCGACAAUCUGAUAAUUUAGAAUAA